ACAUCAGUUACAACUAAUAGGUCUAAAGAGUGUGACACCUGGUAUAAAUAGGAUACUUCCCCUAAGGGGAUACCAAAGAGCAAUGUAAAAUCAAUGUCUCUGGCUGCCAAGGUCCCACAUUUCCAUUAUGUAGAUGAGAUAAAAUGCAAUGCUCUAGUGGAGCUUAAAACAGCGUUUCAGAAAAACAAUCCUUAUCCAGAUGUCAAGCACACUUUUCUGCCAAUAUUAGUCAAAUCAUUGUCAAUGGCCCUCACCAAGUACCCCUCUUUGAAUAGUUGCUUCAAAGAGGAUUUAAUGGAGGUCAUAUUCAAAGGUUCACACAACAUUGGAGUUGCCAUGGCUACUCCAAAUGGUCUAGUUGUACCAAACAUAAAGAAUGUCCAGUCUCUUUCAAUCUUGCAGCUUGCAAGAGGGACUGGAAUUUUAGAAAAGCUAGCAGGAGAAAAGAAGUCUUCAUUCGAUGGAAACCUCCCCCAAAUGGAUGGGUUAAAGUUAAUACUGAUGGUGCCUCCCAAGGGAACCCGGGUAGUGGAGGUCUAAUUCGAGAUGAAAGUGGAAGAUGGCUUGCAUAACAUAAGUACUUGUAUCCAAACAUUGGAUUUCCGUUUGAAUUUUAAAUUUCUAAUUUCUUUGUAUGUGUAUAUAAAUCUUUCUAACCUCAUAAGAAUUUGUUAGAAGUGCAUAGCACAAGAAAAGAAUUUCUCUCAUCAAAAUCUUGUUCAUUCAUCAAAAUCUUAUAAAUUUUUUUCAUUAUCAUCAUCGACGGUUCUUCAAUGGUUAGGCUUAGUAGGAAUAAUUUGACUCCAAUCCAUAAGUGGAAGAAAUACAAAUUUUUCAGCAUAUUCUUCUCAAUUCAAAGAACUAUCAAUCUCCCAAAUCCAAUUCAACAACUUUACUUUUGCCUCGGAUGCUGAAAAACUCUUUAGUUGGUUUCUGGCUUUGUUUUUUGGCUUGUUCUAAUGAUAGGUUCAACUCUUAGUCUCAUUGAUUAUGGUGUUUAAUAUCUCUUCCUAACUAACUAUAUCUCAAAUCUCUCUUAUUGUCAUGUUUUUUUUUUUGGCUAACUUUCCUUGCCGGCAACAGUAUUUAUUGGAUUAACAUAGUUUAUUAUGUUGUUACAAUAAGGAAUUUUUUGUCUCAUAGUUAAGUAACUAUUAGAAUUGCAACUUGUUACAAAGUUUGAGUGCUAAGGUUUUAUACUAAUGUUAUUGAUGUUUUUCCACUCCAAAAGAAUAAGGGUGGAGCAAUUUUGUUGCUAAACUCUAUUUUUAUUACAAAAGAAUGCUCUAGCCUUGUUCUUUUGUGGUGAAAAAAUAUCAACAAUAUUAAUAUAAACCUUAGCGUUCAAAUCUUGGUAACUAGUUGCGAUUUCAACGGCUACUUGACUAUGAGACAAAAAAUUUCUUAUUGUAACGACAUAACAAACUGUGUUGAUCCAGCAAAUACUAUUGUCACCAAAAAAAGUUAGCAAAAAAACAUGCCAAUAAGAGAUAUUUGAGAUAUAAUUAGCUAGGAAGAGAUAUUAAACACCAUAACCAAUUAGACUAAGAGUUGAACCUAUCAUUAGGACAAGCCAAGAAGUAAGGCCAGAGAACCAACCAAAGAGUUUUCCAGCAUCUGAGGCAAAAAUAAGGUGGUUGAGUUGGAUUUGGGAGAUUAAUAGAAGUUCUUUAAAUUGAAAAGAAUACGCUGAAAAAUUUGUAUUUGUUCCACUUAUGAAUUGGAACCAAAUUAUUACUAUUAAUCUUAACCAUUAAAGAGUCGUUGACGAUGAUAAUGAAAAAAAUUAAUAAGAUUUUGAUAAAUAAAUAAGGUUUUGUUGAGAGAUUUUUUUUUAAUUUUUUGUGCUAUGCACUUCUAAUAAAUUUUUAUGGAAUUAGAAAAAUUUAUAUACACUCACAGAGAUUAGAAAUUUAAAGUUCAAAUAGAAAUUCAAAGUUAAAAUAGAAAUUAGGCGAUUGGCAAUGUACAUGAUGCAUGAAAAAAUUAAGCAAUUCAAACGGAAAUUCUUGAA